AUGCCCAAUGCCAACCCUAGAAAGACUCCUACUGGCGCUGAUAAUGGCAGUAUUAGUGGGAAUAACAAUGUCAGUAGCGACAUCUUCUAUUCUAGUCAUCAGACUGAUAUUGAUUCUGGGAUUCAAAGCCUCACAAUGGCCACUGGGAGCUCUCUCUUCGAUACAACUCAAGGCCAACAGCGACAACAACCACUAAACUACGAAGUUAUCACUAACCCGAGUGUGUCAACGCCCCCUUCUUUGAACACCAGUCUGUCAUUUCAUUUAUCCACUGCUCCAACCUUAAGGUCGUAUUCAGCGCAAAAUGUCCGCAGCCUGGAGACAAUCGUCAAUUUCUCAGGACAUGCACCCACACCGCCGUUCCAAUCCCCCAUUGACUGCAAUGGCAGUGUACCAGAUAUCACUAUUGACGUUGGCAGUGAUCGAUCAAAUGAUACAUUAGUCCCAGCUAAAGGGAGUAGAGGGCGGAUAGACAAGGGCAAGGCUCAUCAAAGAGAUUGUAAUUUGGAUCAAUCUGCUAGUGAUUAUAUCACUUUCGAUACCAUUUUAAGAGAAGAUCUGAAAGAUUUUUUAUUGAAUAGAUAUGAUCAACCCAUAUCAGCUUUUACGGAAGUAACAACAGACCCAGAAGCUGUUGCUCCUGUAGUCAACUCGGGCUUCGCAAAACUAAGGUAUAUUAUGAGCGACAAAAGCGCAACUGACGAUAAUUCAGCGGCAGUAGCAGUAAAGACGACAUCUAUGCCACCAACAACGGCAAAGAUGACGGUAGGGAUCUCGCCAACAGGAAAGCGAUAUGUAAAUUCAGGGCUACGCAAUAAAGAUCGCAAGAAAGCUCGCAAGGCCAAAGCCAAGAAAGCACUCACAUUGUUUUCAAACGAACGCCUUUUUAUACAUUGGAUUAGGGCUGGGAUGCUAUUAGGUGGAUUAGCAAUGAUGCUGCUCAACUUUUCAGACGGAAGCAACAUUCACAAAGGAGUUGAUCAUACUAUAGCAAUCCAAGCUGGGAAAAUCGGGGAGCGUGUUGGUGUCUCCUUGCUCGUCAUUUGUCUCAUCUGUCUCAUCUAUGCCUCCACUAUCUUCCAUUGGCGGCACUUGGGCAUAGUCAAAGACAAGAGCGAUGGUCGAUACUUUGACAAAGUUGGUCCCACUUUGCUGACACUUGCAUUACUGAUAACCUACUCUAUCAAUAUUGCCUUGACAAUCCGAACGACAUCCCAGAUGGCGGAUGAUUACGCACCUUCCAUCUUUAAUAAUGAUUUAAACUCUAAUGACUUUCCUAUCAACAAGAGCAAGCCAAUACCUCCCCCAGUAGCCUCAACUGUAAUUUCACCUGCUGCUGCACCAACCCAUAAUUCCCGCGUAUUUGAUGCUCCAUAUUUGCCAGUUGGGCCCACCGUCACGAUCGAUGAGCACAGCGAUGAUGAUCAGGGUGGUGGUGCCGCUGCAGAGCCCACCAAUCAAGAUGAUUCAUCACCAUCUUCGUCGCAACUGUCUCCACCAGGCGAUGCUGUUGAUUCUGAACAUUAA